AUGAACAAGACUCUCUCUGUUUUCCUAUUAGCUGCUCUCCUUGCUAUCCAAAUUAAUGGUCAAUCAAUCAAGUCAUGUACUGCUGAUUCAGGAUGCACUAACUUUGAUACCACUAGCACUGCUGCUUGCUGCGCUACCGUAACUGGUACUACUCUAGCUGGAACAAGCGGUGGACCAUAUAAAUAUUGCGAUUAUACUACUAACAAUUACUUGUCCAAGUACACAAGCACUCUCGGACUCAAGACAAUUAAUUCAGUUUGCAGUUCAAGCAGUGGAAGUGGAAGCAAUGCAGUCAAUGUCUUCGCCUCAGUUUUCGUUGUUAUCUCAGCAAUUGUUGCUGGAUUCUUCUGA